AUGGCCAACUACCUCGCGUCAAUCUUUGGCACAGAACAAGACAAGGUCAACUGCUCUUUCUACUACAAAAUCGGCGCGUGCAGACACGGCGACCGAUGUUCGCGAAAGCAUGUCAAACCAUCCUACAGCCAGACUAUUCUCCUUCCAAAUCUCUACCAGAAUCCGGCAUAUGAUCAAAAGAAUAAGAUGAAUCCUUCCCAACUGCAGAACCACUUCGAUGCUUUCUAUGAGGACUUCUGGUGUGAGAUGUGCAAAUAUGGGGAGAUUGAAGAAGUUGUGGUCUGCGACAACAACAAUGAUCAUCUAAUCGGAAAUGUUUACGCACGAUUCAAGUACGAAGAUUCUGCGCAACAAGCAUGCGACGCUCUCAACAAUCGCUGGUACGCUGCUCGACCAAUCUAUUGCGAACUAUCGCCCGUCACCGAUUUUCGGGAAGCUUGUUGUCGACUGAAUUCUGGCGAAGGCUGUGUAAGAGGUGGAUUCUGCAAUUUCAUCCAUCGAAAAGAACCUAGUCCAGAUCUCGAUCGCGAAUUGGAGCUCAGCACGAAGAAGUGGUUGAAGGAGAGAGGCAGAGAUGACCGUAGCGUCACUAGAAGCCCAAGUCCAGAACCUACUCGAAAACGAUUUUGA